AUUUUGUAUACCGUUAUUCACUGGUUGUUUAGGUUUGCAGAGUAACGGAUUCAGAUUUCAAUUUCAAAUUCAAACUUUUGACAUGGAGCAGCGAUCUAGUUUCAUGAUUGAUCGGAUACUAGAGGAUAUCAGCAGGGAGAGUAAUCGGGUGGUCCCGGGUUCGAACCCUCCUUGUGACCAUUUACCAAGUGAUAACAGUCAUGUUGAACUCGACAUUGACAACAUUUCUGAUUUCGAGGAGGAAGUUACUCCUGACAAAGUUGGCGUUUCGAGUAUUCAGACAGUUCCAGAGACAAAUAAACCCAGCGAGAAUGCAUCACUGGUUAAGGAUGCAGAGAAAAAGCCAAACGUACGAGGAGAGAAACCACCGUUUAGCUACAACGCCAUGAUCAUGAUGGCCAUACGGUCAAACCCAGAGAAACGCCUAACCCUUAACGGAAUCUACGAAUUUAUCAUGCAGAACUUUCCAUAUUACAAAGAGAAUAAACAGGGAUGGCAAAACUCUAUCCGUCACAAUCUCAGUCUGAAUAAGUGUUUUGUGAAAGUGCCGCGACAUUAUGACGACCCAGGGAAGGGUAACUACUGGAUGUUGGACCCUUCAAGUGACGACGUCUUCAUCAGUGGGUCAAUGGGAAAGCUAAAGCGACGUUCAUCAACAAGGAGCAGGCUACCAGGUCUGGCAAGGACUGGGUUUUACCCGGGGCACCCCUACCCCACAGACAGAUUGCAACAACCGUGGGGACUGCCUCAAUACUUCUUACAACUUUCACCCUCGCUGUCACCCUCUGUCAUCAGUUAUUAUGGUUACCCAUAUGCACCCCGCCCCGGUAACCAAGACUUCAACACGAUGGUUCGCCCCGUUGCUCGGAGGAACUUCAGUCUUGAUAACAUCAUGUCAAAGGAAUCCAAUAUGGCCACCGGAUUCCCGAGAACAGAACCCCUGUCGACCUCUAUUAUAAGCCCGGACUUUUCACGGCAAAGUCUCCCACCUAUGACUACAAAUCAGGACAUCUACGGCAGUCUAAGUACCAUGAGCUCAGACAUGGUCAUGGACCUCUCCUUGCGUACCAACCUGGACAGACGGUACAGACACGCUGAGGGACUCUCCGUACCACUGUUUCCAUCGAAGAGUUAGUACAGCCCAUGGUCGUGUACGGAAAAUGAUGAAGAUGAGGAUUGAUGAUGUCUGAAGUUCUACGAGAUGAAGAUUAUACAGGAACGAUGAUCGCAGCUCAGAAUGGUUUCUACUUAACGUGGAUAUUACGGGUUCUUUGUCAUUUUCAACGGUACAAUACCAUCUGCUGGACACUGAAAGAUAUAUACAUGUACAUGUAACUAUAUACAUAACGACGGUGCCAAACCUAUAAAGUACCCGACUAGGAGCUACAUACAUGUCUUGCCAAUUCUUUGUGAUAUCCUUGAUGUCGACUAAUCUAUAUCGGUAUCGGGAAUAAACAUUUUUAUCGAAAAUUUCUGAAGAUGUACACUCAUGUGAUCGUAUGCUGAUAUUGGAAGUGUCACGAGACUUUACUUACAAAAUGGACGAACGUAACAGCACCCCGACUGAUCUGAUGCUUGGCACAUCGGAAGCUUUUAACCAUUGUCGUGGGAGGUGAUUAGCCAAAUAAAUGACAAAUCGCCUGAUAACUUUAUAGAAUCGGUCAAAUUAGUGGCUCAUCACUUAUUUAUAUUGUCAACCAUGUAGAAUAUAUUUGUAGUGUUUUCUAAUGAAAAUGUUGAAGGCCAAGCAUCGAAAACAAAACAACGUUUUUGUAUUCAAAAACAGAAAUUUGAAAAAAAGUGUCAUUCGAAAUAAACUAUUGGAUAUGGUGCGUAUUUCCUAAAUAUUUUCGAUAUCGAAUUUGCAAUGGGCCCUGCUAGAAAUCGUUUGUGCAAGUGCAAUGGACUUGAAACAUAACACGAUCUAAUUUUUAAAAAUGCAGCACAUUCAGAUAUUUAUUGUUUGAAAUAUAUAUUCCAAUCAAAUUCAUUUCCGAAACUACAUGAUGACAUCGAAAACGGCACUUAAAUUACAAUGUGGGUGUGGGGUUGUGAUGAUUUUUAGAAAUGGACAGGAUUAAUAAACCUAUCUUUUUCUGAUGUAGUCAUGUAACUGAUUAACGAUUCUAUGGUGAAAAUGUGUUAUCGUUAGCCCAUACAACAACACAUUCCACAUUGGGUAACCUCUGGUAUAUCGAGAAUAUUUAAUACAUAGAUUUCGAUAAAGAAAUAGCGGUCUUUUUUAUCAUAAAUAUUAUUUCUAUCAUAACACUUCUAUACACACUUCUAUUGUUGAUAUUACAUUUCGGUAAAGCAUCGAGCACUCGAACCGAUCUACUAGUCUAACAUAUGUUAAUUGAUUUAUUCUUGGGGUGCAGAAUAUUUCAAAACUUUUCAAAUUCACGACUUGUCAUCUUUGGCCUCACGAUAGAUUUCACCAGCUAGCUGCUUUCACGAGGAGUUGUGACUGGUCUCUUUUUAGGUUUCUCGUGAAAAACAGGUCUAUAUCCCCGGGAAGCAGACGUCAGUUGCUGUUAAUAUCGGCCAUAGGAAGAUACGCAUCAAGACACCUGACUGGUCAUUUUUUACGGAUGUUGUAUAAACCACAUGAAGCCGAACCCCUCCGGCAAAGUUUUUUUCUCGUUUCGAUAAACUCGAUAUCGGUUUGAGUUGCAAAAUAGAAUUGAAUGAUGUGGGUUUUUUUAGAUAAAAAAGACCACAAAUGUUUGUCUGGUGAUGACAUAGGCUGUCUGCGUGUUGUUCUUUUUGGGCUGUGGGGUGUGAGACCGCAGUAAGCGAAGUUAGAGACCACCUCAUGGGUUUGGCUGGGCCGUGCCCCAAUUCCCUUGAAUCGCGGUUUGAGCCAGCGUUUUCAUCCUUGGGUACGGCUGCAGUGCAAUCUGAUUUGAAUUGAGGGGUGUUUUUAGAGAAAAAUAAAAUAGUGUCUUUCGAAACCUGGUGCUACGGUGUUUUUUACUGCUGGGUGAGCACCCUUGCCCAUUGAAUGGAAGAACCCCUCACAGAGAGGUUACAAGGGAGUAAAAUGUGUCUGAAGAGACAAACACGUCUAUGAGCACCUGUUUAAUGUUAUGUUUUGUUAAGGAUUAGCAGCGAGCCAACGUCAGGGGACCAUACGGUCCGAGUGGGCUGGGCGGCGGGUUUUGGGACCAGCGGGUUCGCGGUAUGUGGCGGUAGAGCGGCAGGUUAGGGGCGGUUCACCCGCAGUAUCUACGGUCAACACCCUCUCCGCACACAAUAUACCAUUAUAAGUGAGUUAUGUUUAAAUGUUACUCAUUGAGGUUUAACUCGAUAUAGGACAAUAACGGCAUGUUCCGACCAAAAGAGCUGAUUUUAAAUAGAUCAUAACAGACAACAACAUAAUAAGAUGCCUCCAGCUCAUUUUAAGGUGCCCAUUCGAAAUUUGUUGAAGUUUUGUUGAAUUAUUUCGGUCUUAGGGUUGCAUGAAGAGCUAAAAAAGGAUUAUCUGUUAAAUACUGCCAUUUGCACGAAUUUGCCGCGUGACCCCCAGGAUCUGUCUAAAUUAAUGCUCAUAUCGUGUCAAGUACCGGGUAGUUAAUUGUACCAGUGUAAUAAAAUUAUUCAUAUUUUUUUUGUCAAAUGCUACAUUGUACGCUGAAACCGAGACAUUUUUUUCA